AGGCGCGAACGCGCGGGACGACUUUCGCGCGCAUUUUUAAAUUCUUAGCUGUUGUUUACUACAAUUCAGGCUUAUUAAAUUUAUUGUUCGAGAACAAAUUAUGAACUAUCAAAGUAAAGCUAACAAAUUCGUUUGUCCUAACGACCGACAGCUUUCGUUGCGAGCCAAACUCAGGACUGGAUGGAGCGCCGCACGCAGCGAGCCCCCGCUGACGCUGGGCGAGCGGGAGGCCAUCGCCGCAGUUGUCAAGCGAGCUGAAAAGCUGGACGAGGUCGAGGCCAGGCGAGUUGGUCGUCUAGUCGCCAGACUUGAAGGAAUGCGACGGUCGGCACAAGGCCCUGCUCCUAGGUCAUGUUUGGUGUGCGGUGAAACAGCGAGGCUUUUAGCUCCUUUAAGGACCUGUGCGAUAUGCAACCAGUCCGCCUGUCCAAAAUGCGUCAUAGAGACUCCUCUACAUAGAUCUCCCAUUCGUUCCAGAGAGCAGUACAUGUGCAACCUUUGUGCGGAGACUAGGGAGAUGUGGAAGAAGUCGGGAGCUUGGUUUUUUAAGUCUUUGCCAAAGUACAUUCUACCGGAGAGAAGGGCAACGGGACGGUAUAAUGAUUUGGAACUGGCGCGGGCUCUACAGCAGGACGGUGGUAACAGUAGUAACGAAGGCAAGACUGAUUCAGAACCAGGUUCUCCACUAAGCAUACAUGCUCCCUCGUUCUCCAGGCAGGCAAGCAACAACGACCAUAGAAAAUCUAUAGGAUCACCCCACGACACCCAUUACGACUGGAACGAAACCGACAUCCUAUCCCACGGUGUUAGCGGUCUUAGUUUGCAUCGCACAGAUAGCCUCAACCAGCGACCCUUAGCAGCCCUAAAACGAACCAGCAGUAAAGGGAGUGCGUACAGUCUUCGGAGUGCAAGAAAAGAACUUGCCAAACCUACACAAAUUGAAAGACCCACAACAAUACCUGAUGCGGGAUUUGGCACUUUGGAAAUUAAAUUAGCAUACGAUAAUGGUACAUCUUCACUAGCUGUAACUGUGUUGCGAGCUAGAGGAUUGAUCGGCAUGGACAUGACAGGUCUCUCAGAUCCGUUCUGUAGAUUAGAAGUCUUGCCUAGAGAAGGCAUCUACUCCAACAGAUUACGAACGAAGACCGUACACAAGACCAAAAAUCCAGAGUACAAUGAAACGCUACAUUUCUUCGGCAUCACUGAAUCUGAUCUCUCAACAAAAUCACUAGAAAUCGUAUUGUUUGAUGACGAUAGAUACGGAUGUGAUGAGAUGGGUUCAGCAACAGUAGCGUUACGAGAAUGCGCGAAAAAUCCCGCGCAAUUACGCCUUGCACUAUCGGGGGCGACCGGCACAGAACCUGCAGGUCCCAGAAUCUUGCUGGCACUAUGUUACAGUACCAAGAAGAGGGCGUUGGUUGUCACUUUGUGUAGAGCUGCGGAUUUACCUCCUCAAGACAGUAAUGGCUUUUCAGAUCCAUUUGUUAAAUUACAUUUAGAUCCUGAUCCGUACCACAAAAAGCAUAAAACAUCAAUCAAAUGGCGUAACCUGAAUCCAGUGUGGAACGAAGAGUUUCUCUUUGAAACACGUCCAACUGAGCUUUCCCGCCAAAAUCUAACACUGACAGUUUGGGACAAAGAUUACGGGAAACCCAAUGACUUCCUCGGCAGUCUGAUUUUGGGCUUUAGCAGUAAGGGCAGAAGACUGAAGCACUGGAUGGACUGCAUAAAAUUCCCGGAUCAUCGUCAUGAACAGUGGCAUUCCUUGACGGAUACACAACAUUUAUAAGAACUAGGCUUGUGUAGUUCGCGAACGGACUAGUUCGGAAGAGCGCGUUCCCAAAACAUAGUUCGUUUGAUAAAACACAGACUUGCUAAAAAACAAGAAAACAUAUUUGUAGAAAAUAAUACAUACAGAUAGGUUGACUAGCUGAUCGAGUCGGAAGCAGACGAACUAUAAUAACGAACUAGUUAUCAAAAGAGCUACGAACUAUAUUGAGAGAUCGCGAAUUAAUUAACAAUGUGCAAAAUUAAUUAACACGUUAAUGAUAUCAUAGACUAUUUACUGGUCAGUUCCCAUCAAUAAGCACAUGAUAUCCAAACAAAAAUAUUUCGCCGAGUUUAACAUAAUAAUAAACUUUUUUAUGCAUACGUACAUUACUUUCAUUUUUACUAUUUAUUUAUUGUAGGAUAAUGACAAACUGUCUGCUAAAUUUAAAAAAAUGUAUACUGAGAAGUGUGGUACUUUUAAAAAAUUAGUAUCUGCUCGAUAAUCAGAAAUUGUAUACGUAUUCCUAGAAUAUAUUCUUAUAUACCUUAAAUGAAAUUUAUUUUUUUAUAUUGAAAUAACAUAAAUAAAUUUUGAAUAAAGUCUUAAAAUGUUGAAACAAAGUAAUGAAUUCGGUAGGUGUUUUUUUAUAUACAAAAAUUUAGUAAAAAUAUAAAUAAACUUUGAUCUUUGCCUCAAUUACGCAUAAGCCAAACGUAACAUUAAUUUAGUUUCGUAUUAAAAUUACUUUUUAUGUUAAUUCGUAUUAAACCUGAAGUUGCAGCUAGUCACGCUAAUAUUAUAAAUGUGCGGAUUAUUUAUAAUGUAUAUGUAUAUAUACAUAUUAUUAUUAUUUUAUGUGUACGUCUCUAAUACACA